UCAGCCUGCCAUAACCACAACUUGUGAAAAUAACACUUACUCAUUUACAUAUUUAUUGUUUGACCAUGCCAUAGAGCAGAGUUUAUUCAGCAAUUUUCCUUUUAUUUUAUACAAGUUCUUCUUGAGCAAACAUUUGCCAGGUUUCUUCCUCGGAUUCGUUCUCUCCCUGAACGGUAUGUCGCCGUGGGCUCCUGAGUAAACGCAAAAUUUAAUAAACAGACAGAAUCGGAUUGAUUGGUAAUACUGGUGAACGAUCAGCUCCAAGUAUGGAUAAACGAGUAACUAAAGACUCCUCCCAGACCUACUCCACAUUCCAUUUCCUUUUUGGAUUGUUGGCACUGACAGCAUCAUUGUGGAUAAUUCUGAACCUUAUUCUCAUAAUGCCUCAUAACGAAUCAAUCUUGGGAACAGAAGCAAGUUGGAAGAGUUACCCAUCUCCAAAAUUCUAUUCUACAACUGUACAACUAAAGGAAAAGGAAACAUCUCUUUGGACGGACAGGCUAUUGCAAUGUGGCUACCUGAAUCACAGCUUCACCCCUGAAGAAAGGUCAGAGGGGACGUUCCUUAUGAAAAUGAUUGAAUGGCCUGCACCCCCCAAAUCUGCUGUGCCCUUUCAGAAAAGCAGCGACCCAGCACAUGUUCACUUUGUAAUUUUAAAUUCAGCAAAGACUUUCUAUGUGGGAGAUCAGCUACAAGUGAUGCUGCAGAUGAGAGAUUUUGAAGGUCACCCAAAGCAAUAUGGGGGUGACUAUCUCCAAGCUCGGAUCCACACCCCAGCUUUAAAGGCUGGUUCAGCAGGAACUGUUAUAGACAACCAAAAUGGAAUUUACUAUAUCAAUUUUACUUUAUCUUGGCCGGGAAAAGUUGAAGUCUCUGUUUUACUGGUUCAUCCCUGUGAAGGGAUCCAAGCACUUAAAAGACUCCGCGAGGAACGGCCAGAGAGAGUAUAUUUUAAAAGUACCUUCAAAUCAGGAGCUGUCUCCGAGACCACUGUGUGUAAUCUUUGUUUGUCUCAAUCUCAUCCACUCUGUAACUUUACUGAUAUCAGGACUGGGGAGCCCUGGUUCUGUUACAAACCGAAGAAGCUUCCCUGCUCUGCUCGUAUCAACCACGCAAUGGGAGGUUAUCAGCAGAAGCUUUUAAUAGAAGAAGAAAGACAUUUCUUCCAAAGUGGCGUCAACGUCAAGAGGCCCAUAUUGCCCAAUGGCCUGGGAUAUGUAACUGUGCAACCUUCACCUCAUACAGGCAUAAAUCUUGGAGGAUGUGUCUCCAGCAAGCCCUUGCUUUCACCGGCUGGAUUUUAUUAUCAGGACCAGUGGAUGUCAAGAAACUGUAAUGUUCGACGCUUCAACACUCCUGCAAAUAUUACAAACUGUCUCCGUGGGAAAAAAGUUCACAUUUUUGGAGAUUCCACUAUACGUCAGUGGUUUGAAUAUUUGACAGAAUUUGUACCAGGUCUGAAGAAGUUUGAUCUUGGCAAUUCUAGGAAGACGGGGCCACAUCUCGCUUUGGAUAUAGACAACAAGAUCAAGGUGGAAUACUAUGCUCAUGGCUCACCGAUCCGAAUCUCGCCCAUUUCAAAUCAGGACCUGCCAUUCAUCGCAAAUAAACUGGAUGAGAUUAAAGGUGGAAAGAACACUGUUAUAGCCUUCACCAUUUGGUGUCAUUUCAACACUUUCCCAGUUGAACCAUACAUCCGCAGGCUCCAGAACAUCCGCAGGUCAAUUCUACGAUUGCUGGAAAGGAGCCCAGAUACACUGGUUGUAAUAAAGACUGCCAAUGUCCAGGCCCUUCCGCGGGAGGUCAGUCUCUACAACAGUGACUGGUAUUCUUAUCAACUUGACUUAGUGAUGAGAAAGAUGUUUGAGGGCAUCAACGUGGCAUUUGUGGAUGCCUGGGAGAUGACAAUAGCACAUUACCUACCUCAUGAAUUACAUCCCAAAAGAAUCAUUAUAAAAAAUGAAGUAGAUGUAUUUCUUUCAUAUGUGUGUCCUUUAUGAAAAGGUGAAGCACUGUUUAUUAGAUUGAAAAUGGCAGCCAUGAGAUUUAUGUUGUAUGACAAAAUGAAAAGGUUACAAGCAUGUCCUUCAAG